GACAACAAAACAAGAAGAGGGGCAACGUUUAUCAUGGCUCCUCUUGUUUGUUGAAUUUGAACUCGUACGACUCGGAAGAAUGGCUGAGGGUGGUGUGGACGAGCUUUCGCAGCUCGAAUAUUUGUCUUUGGUGUCCAAAGUCUGCACGGAGCUCGACAACCAUCUUGGGAUAAGUGACAAAGAUUUAGCGGAGUUUGUCAUCCAUCUUGCCGAAAAACAACCGACUUUUGAUGGAUUCAAGUCUGCGCUGCUCCAAAAUGGGGCCGAAUUUACCGAUUCUCUCGUCGGUAAUUUGCUCAGGCUCAUUCAGACAAUGCGGCCUCAGUCAAAAGCAUCAACAGGUAAAGUUUCUGGGGCUGUGUGUAAGCCCAACUCAGAAAAGGACAGGCUGAAGGAGCUGUUUCCUGCCCUGUGUCGGCCAGAUGAUCCAGCACCAAAGAAACUAUUAGAUGAAGAUGAUGUGAAAGUGGCAGCUGAUGCAAUGAAAGAGCUGGAGAUGUUCAUGCCUAGUGUCAGUGGGACAAACACAAAGAGUCAUAAGAGCAGAUCAGAGAAGAGCAGACGCUACAGUCGAAGUCGCAGCAGGAGCAGAGAAAGAGACAGGCACAGAGAUAGGGACAGGGAUCGUAGGAGAAGACAUCGGUCUCGGUCACGUUCCAGAUCCAGGUCCCGAUCCAGAGAUCGUGAUCGUCACAGAGACAGAGAUCGGGGGAAAAGAAGAGACAAAUCUACCCGUCGGACUGACAGAUCACCGAGUCCUAAAAAAGACCAGGAUAGAGACUCUGACCGAUGGAAAGACAAACAUGUGGACCGUCCUCCACCAGAAGAACCUUCUGUGGGGGACAUCUAUAAUGGAAAAGUAACAAGCAUUAUGCAGUUUGGAUGCUUUGUUCAGCUGGAAGGAUUGAGAAAAAGAUGGGAGGGAUUGGUCCAUAUUUCAGAACUGCGUAGAGAAGGGCGUGUUGCCAAUGUCGCUGAUGUGGUCAACAAAGGUCAACGAGUCAAAGUCAAGGUUCUGUCCUUCACUGGCUCAAAGACCAGCCUCAGUAUGAAGGAUGUGGAACAGGAGACAGGGGAGGACCUUAACCCUAACAGGAGGAGAAACGUUGGGCCAGACGGAGGUGAUGAAGUCACCAUGAGAAAUCCUGACCGUCCAAGCAACCUGAACCUGGGAAAUGCUCCAGAGCUGGAGCAGGAUGACACUCUAGAGCGCAAGAGGCUCACUAAAAUCUCUGAUCCGGAGAAAUGGGAAAUCAAACAGAUGAUUGCUGCAAACGUGUUGUCUAAAGAGGAGUUCCCUGACUUUGAUGACGAGACAGGGAUCCUACCAAAAGUAGAUGAUGAGGAAGAUGAAGAUUUGGAAAUUGAGCUAGUGGAGGAGGAACCUCCAUUCCUGCGGGGCCACACAAAACAAAGUAUGGAUAUGAGUCCAGUCAAGAUUGUCAAGAAUCCAGAUGGAUCCAUGUCCCAGGCUGCUAUGAUGCAGAGCGCUCUGGCUAAAGAAAGGCGAGAGCAGAAGCAGGCGGCUCGUGAGGCUGAGAUGGACUCGAUCCCCAUGGGACUGAACAAACACUGGGUCGACCCGUUGCCAGAUGCUGACGGGAGGCAGAUUGCAGCAAACAUGAGAGGCAUUGGCAUGAUGCCCAAUGACAUCCCAGAGUGGAAGAAACAUGCCUUUGGGGGCAACAAGGCCUCUUACGGUAAGAAGACCCAGCUCUCCAUCCUGGAGCAGAGGGAAAGUCUGCCCAUCUACAAGCUGAAGGAACAGCUCGUUCAGGCUGUUCAUGACAACCAAAUCCUGAUUGUGAUUGGAGAGACAGGGUCUGGUAAGACCACACAGAUCACUCAGUAUCUGGCAGAAGCGGGCUACACCACCCGUGGGAAGAUCGGUUGUACCCAGCCACGUCGUGUUGCUGCUAUGUCUGUGGCCAAGAGAGUCUCUGAGGAAUACGGUUGCUGUCUUGGACAAGAGGUUGGUUACACCAUCCGAUUUGAGGACUGCACCAGUCCUGAGACUGUAAUCAAGUACAUGACAGAUGGUAUGCUGCUGAGAGAAUGUUUGAUCGACUCAGAACUGGGCCAGUACGCCAUCAUAAUGUUGGACGAAGCACACGAGAGGACAAUCCACACAGACGUUCUCUUUGGUCUGCUGAAGAAGACUGUACAGAAACGCACAGACAUGAAGUUGAUCGUAACAUCUGCUACUCUGGACGCUGUGAAGUUCUCCCAGUAUUUCUAUGAAGCACCCAUCUUCACCAUCCCAGGAAGAACAUACCCAGUAGAAGUUCUUUAUACCAAAGAACCUGAGACUGACUACCUUGAUGCCAGUCUCAUCACUGUAAUGCAGAUCCACCUGACUGAGCCUCCAGGUGACAUCCUGGUGUUUCUAACUGGACAGGAGGAGAUUGACACGGCCUGUGAGAUCCUUUAUGAACGGAUGAAGUCACUGGGCCCUGAUGUUCCUGAGCUGAUUAUUCUGCCAGUUUAUUCUGCUCUGCCCAGUGAGAUGCAGACCAGGAUCUUUAAUCCUGCACCUCCAGGCAGCAGAAAGGUUGUCAUCGCCACCAACAUUGCAGAGACGUCACUGACGAUCGAUGGAAUCUACUAUGUUGUAGAUCCUGGUUUUGUGAAGCAGAAAGUUUACAACUCUAAGACUGGUAUUGACCAACUUGUGGUGACUCCCAUCUCACAGGCCCAGGCCAAGCAGAGAGCUGGUCGAGCUGGGAGGACAGGUCCAGGGAAGUGUUACAGACUCUACACAGAGAGAGCAUACAGAGAUGAAAUGCUGAUGACAAAUGUACCCGAGAUCCAGAGAACAAAUUUGGCAAGCACUGUGCUCUCUCUAAAGGCCAUGGGUAUCAAUGAUCUCCUCUCCUUUGACUUCAUGGAUGCUCCUCCCAUGGAGACUUUGAUCACAGCUAUGGAGCAGCUCUACACACUAGGAGCUCUGGAUGAUGAGGGUUUACUGACAAGGCUGGGCAGGAGGAUGGCAGAGUUUCCUCUUGAACCCAUGCUGUGUAAGAUGUUGAUCAUGUCUGUCCACCUGGGCUGCAGUGAAGAGAUGCUCACCAUAGUGUCAAUGCUGUCUGUGCAAAACGUGUUUUACAGGCCCAAGGACAAGCAAGCUCUGGCUGACCAGAAGAAGGCAAAGUUCCAUCAACCUGAGGGCGACCACCUGACGUUAUUGGCUGUCUACAACUCAUGGAAGAACAACAAGUUCUCUAACCCCUGGUGCUAUGAGAACUUUAUCCAGGCUCGGUCACUGCGCAGAGCCCAGGACAUCCGCAAACAGAUGUUGGGUAUCAUGGACAGACAUAAACUUGAUGUGGUGUCAUGUGGAAAAGCCACAGUACGAGUCCAGAAAGCCAUAUGCAGUGGUUUUUUCAGGAAUGCAGCCAAGAAGGAUCCUCAGGAGGGCUAUAGGACCCUCAUAGACCAGCAAGUCGUAUACAUUCACCCCUCCAGUGCUCUGUUCAACCGCCAGCCUGAGUGGGUUGUCUACCAUGAGUUGGUCUUAACCACCAAGGAAUACAUGCGGGAGGUGACCACCAUAGACCCCCGCUGGCUGGUGGAGUUUGCUCCAGCCUUCUUCAAAGUGUCUGACCCCACACGUCUCAGCAAGCAGAAAAAACAGCAGCGUCUGGAACCUCUGUACAACAGAUACGAAGAGCCCAAUGCUUGGAGGAUCUCCCGCGCCUUCAGAAGGCGUUAAUGUUAGGC